CAAGCCGAACAACUUCAGAGCAGAGGGAGGGAGUGAUGAGUAGUUAAUCAUCUGUGGUGCAGUGUUAGUGCUCCGGAUUGCUCCCUCCCUUCCUUCUCUUCCUCCUCCUUCUCCUUCUCCUCCUCUGCACUCACGCUGACAGUCAGCAGAACAAUACCCGGCCCGGUCCCGGGUGGUCCUCUGUUCCUCCACACAGUGAUCCACGGUCGUCUUUCACUUUCUCAUCUUCUGAGGGCUCACAUCGAACCGGUCUUUUGUCCGCAUGUGUUUGCUGAGGAGGAUGACGGGCUGCGGCUGCUCCGAGCUUCUUUCCACAGUGACCACACCAGCAGGAUUCUGACAUCAUUAUAGAGAAAACAACCAAUUACAACAGCUGCUCUGCCUUUGAGUGCAAAGCUCUCUGGUGUCAUGGAAGAAGAAGAGGAACCAAUAGAGUGUCACUGAAAUUAACUGACACACUUCCAUUAUUCUGCAUUGAUAUUGACAGCUUUUACUACAAGUGGAAGACCUUGGGGAUAAAACAUCCCAUGAUGCACCUGCACAUAUAAGAGAGCAUGAUCAGCCACACAGAAGACUGUUUCUAUGGAUACCCCUGCCCUUCGUAGUAAUGAUGCUCUGUGAGCUCAGAGGCAGAUUAGAAGUGCAGUGUCAAACAUCUGUUGAGAGCAGAGAGAUAAUCAAGUGAUGAGAAGAUGUUCAAAGCGGGGGGGGAAAUAUAUUUUAUUGUGUAAAUGCUGUCAGCACAUGAUUAAACGUGAAGGUGCAACAUCAAAGACAAAACCAGAUGUUAGAUUUCUGUCCACUUGGUUUCAUUUAUUUUGACCCUUUCUGAGGUUCCAUUUGUUGCUUAGACAGUCCACAUCCCAAAUAAAUCACAGAUAGUUCAAAAUGUGACAUACUCAAUGUAGGACAAUGUUAAAAUCAAAGCACAGAUUUUUUGUUUCGUUUUCCUUUAGAUUAAGUUUGAUUUGAUGGGACUGGAAGGCUUUGCUCGAGUAAACUCCAUAGAUCUCAGGUUUUGUUGAUAUGUUCUUAAUUCCUCUUCAUCUUCUUGAUAGCUGCACCUAAAAACUCUGUAAUGGCCAGAAAGGACAUGCCCCUCUUUCUCUACGGUUUUGACAUCAGCAGCCACUUUGUUGACCUUCGACCUCUGGGCAGCGGGGUGACCGGCCUGGUACUGUCAGCAGUGGACCAGCGUAUCGGGCAACGGGUAGCAAUUAAAAAAUUGUUAAUGCGUGACGCUGUGGCAGUGAAACACGCACUGAGAGAGGUCAAAAUCAUCCAGCGGCUCCACCACGAGAAUGUGGUCCGGGUUCACGAGGUUUUAGCCCCGUAUGGACAACCCCUGCCCGAAGACCCAACUGUGCUUAGUGCUCUGUACAUCAUCCAGGAGUGCAUGGAGACGGAUCUGGCUCGGUUGCUGGAGCAAGGACCACUACCCACAGGUCAUGCCACAUUGUUGUUCUACCAGCUGCUGAGGGGACUGAAGUUCAUCCACUCAGCUAACGUACUGCACAGAGACUUGAAGCCUGCAAACAUAUUCAUCAACACUGACCAACUGCUGCUCAAGAUUGGAGACUUCGGCCUCGCCAGGAUAGUAGACCCUCACUAUUCUCACAAGGGCUAUCUGUCAGAGGGUCUGGUGACUAAGUGGUAUUGUUCCCCUCGCCUGCUUCUCUCUCCCAACAACUAUACCAAGGCCAUAGACAUGUGGGCCGCUGGCUGCAUACUGGCUGAAAUGCUGACUGGACACAUGCUGUUUGCAGGAGCUCAUGAGCUGGAACAGAUGCAGCUGAUUCUGGACACAGUGCCAGUGCUGAGAGAGGAAGACAGGCAGGACCUGUUACAGGUGAUGCCGUCAUAUGUCAGCCGUGGUUGGAGGGUGAAAAGAAGCUUUUCUGAGCUGCUGCCACAAGUGGAUGCUCAGGCUGUAGACUUUCUUGAGCGCAUCUUGACCUUUAACCCUAUGGAUCGUCUCACAGCGGAAGCAGCCCUUUCCCACCCCUUCCUGCAGCAGUACUCUUGUCCAGAGGAUGAGCCCACCUCAUCACAUCCUUUCCACAUUGAGGAUGAACUGGAGGACAGCCUCAUCACUGAGCACAGCAACAGUCACACAUCCAGCAUCUGCUGGGACAGGUACGAGAACAGCUUAUCAGUUGAUGUGUGCUGGCAGCGGUCUGGUGAGAGGUGUCACUGUAUGCCUCCUCGACACAUUACGUCUGAUCUGGGAGACACCACAGAAGAUGAGGAGGUGCAGCGGGACCCCCGAGCCACUUCUACCUCAAUGUUAGAGGAGGCACAGGUCGACCCCCGAAAGUACUCUCAUAGCAGCUCAGCAGAACGCUUUCUGGAAAACUCCCACUCUUCUCUAGAACGGGCCAGUGGGUUGGCAUACGGAGACCUAGAUUGUGGCCGUUCCUGUGACUACAAAGUUGGCUCUCCUUCUUAUCUGGAUAAAAUUGCCUGGAGAGAGGGCAAACCACAGCACUACUCAGAGCCCAAGCUGAUCCUGGAUCUGUCUCACUGGAAGGGUAACAGCCUCAGUCUGGCCACUGAACCUGUUAAACCAGUAGGGUGCACUGUGUUGGAGACAGUAGAGAUGAAAGAAGAAGAGGCAGAUGGACAGGAGGAAACAGGCAACUUAUUCCAGGAAAUUUCUCGCUGGGUCGAGAGCACUCAGGCUCGUCUGCACUCACCCAGUCCUUCUUUGGAACAAUGUUCUCCUUCCUAUUACACCUCCUCUCCUCCCAUCCCUCUCUCCCCGACUGACAUUUCAACACCAGUCUUCCACUAUUCAGAAGUUCUACACCAACCCUCAGUUGACUGUGAUGAAGAGGCGCUUAGUCCUCUUCCACCUGUCACAUCUUCUUCUAAUUCACUUCCUUCACUCCAACCCUCUUCUCCCACUUCUCCCUUUCUGACUCAGUCACCCCAAACAGCAUCACCUUCCACCUCACCUGUUCUUCCCCAACCCCUUUCUUCCACUUCCUGCGACUGUCAAGCUGUUAAUGAAGAUUCAUUGGAGUCACUUCCAGUUAAGCAAAAAGAACGGCUGUUUGACUUGGACGUUUUCAUAUCUCGAGCACUGAAAUUGUGCAGGCACAACAAGGAGAAAGGAGAGGGGAAAAAAGGAAAAGAAGUGGGAUGGAAGGAUGAAAGCAAACAGCCAAACAUCAAUUUGAAGGCUCCCAGACUUCCAGAGAACAGAACUUCACCACAACAGACCCCCAAUUCCUGAUGUUCAAUGUUACUGCCACAUCCACCACAGCACAGCAUCACAACUAGAGCACAUACCUCUGCCCAAGUCAAACGUAGUGUGUGCCAGCAGGACAUUAACACAUCUUUGUCACAUCCUACGUUGAGUUCUUGAAAAAAAUAAGUAAGUAAAAGGGACAUUUUAAGGCAGAUCGCUAUCAAAAUUCCAUCUGCACUUCCCUGCUCAGUGGGACAUCUUUUCAUAGAAUUUAAUCAAAAUCUGGUAUUUACUUUUUGAGUUAUCUCGCAAGCAACUGACAUACAAGAGUGAUAAUAUUAACUCUGCCUCCAUUUUGUUGGGGGUAGUAAUGAGUAACAUUUCCAAAUAAAGGGUUUAAAUGCAAAAUGCUCUGUACUCCAUUUUUACAACAUUGAGUUAAGACCUCUUUUCCCCAGCUUGUGGCCAUAGAAAUCCAAAUAUAAUACACAUUUUGCAUCAAAUUCUCUUUAUGCCUUGCACUAAGCUUGUUUAAAUUGGCCUUUUGUUGCAAAGUACACCAUAUGCCAAUCCCAACUGUUUCAAAGUGCUCCAUAUUGAAUGAGAUCAAAUGUUUCACAAAGACUCAAUGUGGGUUCAAAACAAGUGAAACAAAAUGAACACUGACAAGCUUGGAUUUUGCAGAGUCCACAAUGGUGAAUUUUGUUACCAUAAUUUACCCAAAAACUUUAAACCCAGUUUUCUUCCAAUGGUCAACUAUAUCAAAGAGGCAAUAAAUAAAUAAAUAAAUAACCUUGAUGUACUUAUACUAAUUGACAGCAGUGGUGUGACUGAAAAUGUUCGGACUUUCUAGUGAGAAAUGGUAAGUGCCCAAGGUGGGCCACUGAAUGAUAAUGGCAGUGAUGAUCAGUUACUUGGUAUGAGAUGGUGAUUAACCUUAUUGAAUAACUGAGACUAAGGAUUGGGAGACAAGUCCCUGCAAUUAUUUUACUAUUGAACAUUUUAUGACCAAAGACACUUUCAUGGAUAUGGAGCAUUUUGGGAAAAAUAAUGGGUGUAUGGAGCUUUUUGGAGACAAAUCAGUUAUUGUUUGUAAUUUUUUAAAAAUUAUUAUUAUUAUUAUUCUAACAAAGUUAUAGAUUUCCAUGAAUUUGCAUAUUGCCUGUUUCAUUCCCUGUAUAUAUCAGAGGAUUUGGAGUUAUUGAGUUUUAGUUAAAAAGCUAAUUAAAAAAAAAGAUUUUCUCAAAACAGAAAAAAAAAAUCGAUAUGGAUCAUUUUCCACUUAAAGUAGACUUAACUUUCAGUAGUUGUCUUUGUGGUCCAACAAGUUGCUUUAUGAGCUUUAACUGCAGCAUUCUCAAGCAGUGCUCUCAUAGUAAAUGUCACAAAACCAGCAUAAAUCACCUUGAUUAAAAGGGUCACUGUGUGCAAAUUGUUUUUAUUUAAUCUAUCUGUUUCAGGUAAAUUUGGCUUAUCUUUCAUGUUAAACAUCAACAAAAGUCUCACAGUUCUGUUUCGGUAAAUGUAUAUAUAUGUGUUGUUUUGAUCAUGAUAUUGCCAUACUCUGUAUGUUUUCAUAAGGCAAGCGAAUGGCCCUGUGACAGAAAUUGGAAUAAGCAGGUAUAGAAAAUUAAUAAUUCAAUGAAUGACGUGAAAAAAUGCGCCAACUUUUACUUGACAUCCUACUUUCAAUAAAUCUUAUAAAGAACAUUAUUACAUCUGCCAAGGACAUAAUAAAAUCAUCUGCAUUUAUUCGGUUUAUGUUAUUUUUGACAGUCUUCCAGUUCAUGAAUGCUCACCAAAUAAUGAGUGUAAAAGAAACAAUCUUUUCAUGUUUCUCUGAAUGUGAUAAAUGCAAAAUAAUCAGUCAAAUAAUAGUACUUGGUAAACCAGGAAUCAUGUAUUUGUUGCUGUUUUAAGACUCUCACAAUGACUUACUGAACUGUGACUCUGCAACAUGCCUUGUAAACUUGUAUAACUCUGCAACUCUUAUUUUAUUCUAUAAUAUAUUUCUGAUGACUGUUGCUAUUGCUAUUUUUGUGUUAAAUGUAUUCUUGUUCUAUUAAUGAAUGUUAGAGCACAAUUUCUUUCACAUGAAGUCGGACUGAAUUAAGUUUUGUUCACAUAUGAAAUUUUCAAUGGUAAUGAUUUGUUUGUUUGAUCAUAAAGGUUGCGCUAUUUAGAUUAUUAUUACUAUUUUUUUUAAUCCGGUCUGCGUGACACAUCAGAUAUCAUCUAAUAUACAUUUACUGGAAAGAAUCCCUCCUUUGUAAAACAGAAAGCUGGAUAUCUGUGACAAUUUUGCUUAAUUUAGCCACAAAGAGCAUUAAUCCAAAGCAAACAAAUGAAUGUAGAUACUUUUUACAGCAAAUGCUGGAAACUCUGUGCCGUCAAUGCUUCUUAACCCAGUAAGCAUAUUGAGAUAUUGAAAAUACAGUAAUACAAUAAGGAGUACAUAUAUUUUAGAUACUUUUUUAAAAUCUGGAUUUUUUUGGAAUAGAGCUCCAGGAUAUUAUUUGUUCUGUAGUCUCUCUACUACACUAAUCAUAUAAGAUAGCAAAUAGACCAACCUACAAAAAAGUGCUUACAUUGGUAACACUCAUAAGAGCCAAAUAAACUUCAAAUGGAAUAUUUAUUCCAGUAUGUUCGGCAAACAGUUCAUUUGGGUGCUACGCAAUUUAUUAAUUUUUUCAAGUUUUUUCUAAAGUUAUUACUAAUAAGAUGCUAAUUGUGAAGCUGUGCAGAUGACUAGAAAAAGUAUUGCAAAAUUUGAAAAAAAAAAAAUAAUAAUUAUAAUAAUAAUUACUGUUAUUGGCUUUGACACAUCCUUGUUUCACUGUUUGACUUGAACAUCUUAACUGAUCAUGUAUACACAAGGUUCUAGAAUCCACAAUGAAGCAAUGUAGAAAAUGCAGUGAUUGAUCAUAUUUUGUCUUUGAUUGUCUUCCAGCCCAGCAAAGUCUACAGGUUUACAUGGGUAUUUUUGAAAACUGGCAUUUUCUGCCCUGUUUAAUAAAUAAAUAAAAUCCUGUCCACACAAGUGCUGUUGUAAAAAA